AUGACACGAUUCAGGCCGUGCAUUGACUUGCAUGCGGGCUCUGUCAAGCAGAUAGUCGGCGGGACUUUGUCUACGGACAAUGCUGGAUUGAAGACUAACUACACCUCCGAGCAUCCCGCUGCCUACUUUGCCGAGCUAUAUCGGAAGAAUGAUCUCAAAGGAGGACAUGUCAUUAUGCUAGGUCCUGGCAAUAACGAAGCGGCUCAGGAAGCGAUCGCUGCUUGGCCAGGCGGUCUGCAGGUUGGUGGCGGGAUCAAAGAUUCGAAUGCGAAGGAGUGGAUUGAUGCUGGCGCUGAGAGGGUCAUCAUAACUUCUUAUCUGUUUCCUUCUGGCACUUUUUCUCUCGAACGUCUUCAGUCUGUGCUCGAUGUCUUGGAUGGCGACAUGCAGAAGCUUGUCAUCGACUUGAGCUGUCGCCGUGUCGGAGAUGGCUGGAGAGUGGCCAUGGACAGAUGGCAAACCAUCACGAACUUUGAGAUCAAUAAAGACAACAUAGCAAUGCUGGAGCCGUACUGCAGCGAGUUCCUGAUUCAUGCAGCCGAUGCCGAAGGUUUACAAGCCGGAAUCGACGAGAAACUGGUCAGCUAUUUGUCCGAGAUCUGCACUAUACCUGUGACUUAUGCAGGCGGUGGACGCAAUAUCCAGGAUCUCGAGCUGGUAGAGCGCUUGAGCAGCGGUCGAGUCGACUUGACGAUCGGCAGCGCAUUGGACAUCUUCGGCGGCAAGACCGUAACCUUCGAAGAAUGCUGCAACUGGAAUUCCCAACGCGAAGGUCGGUGA